AGCAAUCAUGACACCUCUCUCAAAGCUCUUUCACAAGUUCUGUGCGGAAAUUAUAAUCAUAUUAGCAUCCCUGAUAAUAGAACUUAUCAUUCUGAUUCAGAAACUAAAAUCAUCGCCACGCCCAAUCAGCACCCAGCAAUACCUGAAAUUCAUCGAGAAGAAGAACCCCACGAUUUGCUACACGAAGGGGUUGUCGAAGGCGGAACAGGGUGGUGCUGCAGAGUGUAGGGUAUGCCUGUGCGAAUUGGAGGAAGGGGAGAAGGUGAGGAAGCUGCAAUGCCGUCACGUGUUUCACAGGGAUUGUUUGGACAAGUGGUUGCAACAAUAUUGGGCCACGUGUCCUCUUUGUCGGAAACAAGUGGUGCCGGAAGAUGUCGUGUUCAAGCACCGUCAGCAUCAGAAUCAAACAGAGGGAGGUUUUGAUCGGAAUCAUGAUGACAACCUUCCCUACUUUUUAUCAGCAUUUCGUCGUGGCAACACUCUGCACAGAUAUUUCUGAAUUUUACUCCUCAACUAACUAAUUUUUAGAGAAGCGAAAUUUUUUAUUCUUCCUCUGCUAGGAUUAGUUCCUCGGAACAAUAUUGAUUCCGAU